UUUCCAAAGCGGAGCCCUUUCCCUCAGGGUUGAAGAGGAGAUACAUUUUUACUCUCAGACCGAGGGACGGAUCUGAGAUGAUCUGAGUCAGCUUCUACGCUUCCUGAACUCGGGUUUUUCUGAGUCCAAGUGGCCACUAUUCGCUGGAUUCUCGUUUCUCUCUUCCUCCAUUCAGUACUUUAUCCGCAAGCUCCACUAUGGACUCUCAGCUCUACCGCUGUGACAACUUUACUUGGGUGGAGAGCGGGAGCUCCGCAGCGAUCGGCGGGAUGCUUUUUGGUGCUGGACUGUUGGGCAACGUACUGGCUUUGAUACUGUUGACUAUGCCUCGGCUGCGGUCUUGCCCUCCGAGCUCUCCUCCUUCAGUCUUUUAUGUUCUGGUGUGCGGCCUGGCUAUUACAGAUCUGAUGGGUAAAUGCCUCUUGAGCCCUAUGGUGUUGGCCACCUACACACAGAACCGGACCUUGAGAGAGUUGGUUCCAGGCUCCAGAAACUUGCUGUGCCAUGUUUUUGCCUUCUUCAUGGCAUUUUUCGGGCUUGCUUCCAUGCUCCAGCUAUUGGUAAUGGCUCUGGAAUGCUGGCUGUCACUAGGAUAUCCAUUUUUCUACCAACGUCAUAUCACUCUACCCAGAGGGGUGCUAGUGGCGCCUGCGGUUGGAGUAUUUUGCUUCUUUUUCUGCGCCCUGCCACUGGUGGGCUUUGGAAAGUACGUACAAUACUGCCCAGGAACUUGGUGCUUCAUACAGAUGGCAAGUGAGCAGCGUUCUUUGUCAGUAGAAGGCUACUCGAUCCUGUAUGCUACACUGAUGGCAAUGCUCGUCUUGGCCACGGUGCUAUGCAACCUAAAUACCAUGCGGAAUCUCUAUGGAAUGCACGAGCGGUUCUCCCAUCUUCCUCGCUCUGUGCCUAAGGACUUAGCUGGAUUCAGAGGGAAACAGAAGGAAUCAGCUCACACCCUCCAGCCUCUCGAGGCACUGGAUCACCUUUUGCUACUAGCAGUCAUGACGGUGCUCUUUACCAUCUGUUCCUUGCCUUUCAUUGUUCGUGCUUAUUUUGGAGCAUUUUCAGUUGGCAAUAAUAAAAAUGUAACACUGGAAGAAAAAGAAGAUCUCAGAGCCUUGAGGUUUCUAUCUGUAAAUUCAAUUGUGGAUCCUUGGGUUUUCAUCAUCUGCAGGACAUCAGUAUUUCGUCUUUUUUUCCGCAAGUUUCUUAGAAAGCCUCUUACUAACAGAAGUUGGUCCAACUACAAUUCCUGCAAAAGAGAUACUGAAUCCAACCUGUGACAAUUUUAUAAUCUCUGGUAACCUGAAUACUUUAUCAUAUAAUUUAUUUACGUAGUAAAAGCGCUAUUUUAAAUCAUUAUUAAAGUAAGUCCUUAUCUCCCUUAACAUGACAAUCUCAGGGGUGCUUGGGCAUAUUAAUUGCAAAUGUUACUCUAGAAUUAUAAAAUAUAUCAUAGUUCAGUGCAUUUUCCAUUUCGCAUCAAAAACUGUAACUAAAGCUUUGUGAUCAUACAAAUAAUGUCAAGUCUUCAAGUGAAAAUGUUCUAGUACUUUAUUUCACUAUUUAAAAUAGUUAUUAGAUAUAUGUCUUUUCAUUUUUUUAUGUAGUAAAAACAAAAGUGCACACUUCGAGGUAUUGGUAGAUAUUCUGAAAACACAAUGUCUUAUGCUUCUUCCCAAUCCCUUUUUACUAUUUCUGAUAGUCUUCUCUGAUAGUCCCAGUUUACCCUAGUUGUCUCUGAAGUAAACAGUCUUUCUCAAAUUACCUUUUAUUUAUUCAUUCAUUCAUUCAUUCAUUUACUCAUUCACUCAUUUAUUUAUUUAUUCAUUCAUUUAUUCAUUUGUUUGUUUGUUUGUUUGUUUAUUUAUUUAUUUAUAUGCCCCAAAGACUGUAAGCUCUUAGAAGACAGAGAUUAUUUGAUUUUGGUUUUUGUAUCUUCAAGAACAGAGCCUAAAUAACUAAUAAAUAUUAAAUUUGUAUUGUAUUUUAAUUGUAUUACUAUGGGCAAGGUCAUUGAGGGUAUUGCAUGAAGAAACAGAAAUGCUUUCUCUCAUCAGUGAAUGGCAAUAUGCUUUUAAUUCCUUGAUUAAUAGCAGUAAAAUGGUAUUUCCUAGAAAAGUGAGGUGAAAAAAACCUUAGCAUUUGUUGGUCUGCCUAGUUAUUCCUUAUGGAGCAUUCAUUGAAUGAAACAUUCCUAUCUGAGAUAGCUAAUUGGUAAGGAGAUUUGAACCAAAAUCUGAA